GGUGACCUCCAAGGCGAGCAUCAGUCUUAGCAGACCAUUCCGAAACGCAGAAUCCAUGACGACGCCCGCACCUCUGCCACAUUGAUCCCGACACCUGUCACAGAAUCUUCCGUACCCUCUGCAGCUCCAUAGACGCCCUUGCAAGCAGUCUGCUUGACCUCCAUUAUUGAGGCUCCCCUCUCCUCCUGCACCCAUGGCUGCUCCUCCCUUGCCACAGGCAUCGGCUGACGGCGAUCUUGUGCCUGGAACUGUCCGUCUGGUCGACCUAUACCACAACAUACGGGGCCCCCAUGCAGCCAAGGGAGAUAUCGUUCUCGAUCCUGUCCCUUCAAACGAUCCCAAUGAUCCCCUGAACUGGUCUCCGCGGCGCAAGCUCAUGUCGCUCAUCUGCCAGAACCUGUACACAUGGUUCACCGGCGUCGCGGUCUCUACCGUCUACUCGGUUCUCGUGCCCCUAUCGAAAAACUCCGGCGUGUCAAUUGCCACCUUGAACGAGGGCACCGGCUACAUGUUCUUGCUGCUGGGCUGGGGUCUUUUGUUCUGGCAGCCGUUCGCCCUUCGCUAUGGCAAGCGGCUUGCAUAUCUGAUUUCCAUCAUUGGCGCAAUCGGAACUAGUAUAUGGGGUGCGCACGUCUCAAGUAACGGCGAAUGGCUAGCCAAGUGUAUCCUACAGGGAUUCUUCAUCUCUCCGAUCGAGGCUCUGCCCGAGAUUUCCGUCACCGACAUCUAUUUCACACACGAACGAGGGACAUAUAUGGGAAUCUAUUCCUUCACCCUGGCCGGCAGCAACUACUUUACGCCAGUGAUUUGCGGCUUCAUUGCAGAGUACCAGGGCUGGCAGUGGGUUUUCUACUGGCCUGCAAUAUUCCUCGCUAUUGUCUUUGUGUUGUUGUUCUUCUUCAUGGAAGAAACGAAUUACAACCGCAAGGAAAUUCAAAGCGUACCCGCUUGCAGAGAGUCAUCGACUUCUGCCCGCGGAGUCGCUGCAGACGGAACCGAGAAGAGCCUUGCUCCUGCCGCAGAGUCCUCCCCUUCAUCCGAAGCUGGGGAGACCCACCCCCCAACCAAGACUUUUGUGAAGAAGCUGUCCCUCUGGCAACCCACCCCGGGACAGAACAUGCUGAGCCGAGCACUGCGCUCCUUGAGGUAUCUUUCGUGGCCCAUCAUCUUUUAUGCUGGCUUUUCCUAUGGCUCAUACCUCAUCUGGUUCAAUGUGCUUAAUGCCACUGCAUCUAUCAUUCUUUCCGCUGAGCCGUACAACUUCCCUGCCUCGAUGGUAGGGCUGAGCUACCUCUCCUGCUGCGUAGGCGUUAUCGUGGGUUCGCUCAUCUCAGGCCGGCUAAGUGACUGGCUGACUAUCAAGCUGGCUCGUCGCAACAAUGGCAUCAUGGAGGCCGAGUUUCGGCUGUGGCCCUUCACCCUGUGCAUGGUCAUGGUGCCUGGGGGGCUGAUCCUGUGGGGCGUUGGCGCCGCUCAUGGGGUUCAUUGGUUUGGCUUGGUGUUUGCCAUGGGAGUCCUGGCCUUCACCUCGACGGUUGGCAUCACUCUCAGCGUCAACUACCUAAUCGAUAGUUACCACGACAUCAGCGACGACGCCAUUGUAGCAGUCAUCCUGGUUCGCAAUACCAUGUCAUUUGCGAUUAGUUAUGGUAUUACGCCGUGGCUCACGCAGCUGGGGUAUCAAAACUGUUUCGUCUCGGCCGCCUUUGUGGGCCUGGCUGCCACGUCUGCGUAUCUCAUCAUGAUCAAGUAUGGCAAGACCCUAAGGGUCCGGAGCGCGAGCAAGUACUUUGAGCUUGUGCAAGGCCAGCACAGAUAGCCAUGAGUUUGAGGCUAGAGCGCAGUUCGCGAAACGAGUCUGGUGUUGUAAACUUUGUUGCUGAUGCUCGUACUAGUAAAUGGGCCCAUAUAUGCAAAAGUCUAGUCCGUUCACAACGUCAUGUUCACAAUGGGACAAAGGACAGGCAUCUCUCAGGGUAAGACUUCCUGGGGGGCUUGUAUCGCCAUGCAGGAUGUUUGAUAUCUUCUGCUUCUUUGUCCACAGCGCUGCUUUUCUCAUGCGCAGACUUCAUGUGCAAAUAAAAUUUAUCUGUAGAG